GAAGAGUCGGAAGCAGACAUCAGUUGCGACAGCGAGGCUUCGGCUCCAGGAUCACCCAGCACAGACGAGUUCGCCAUGCGAGCCGACCAAGUCACCACUUGCGCAUGGGAAGGCUGCAGCGUCGGUGAUUUGGCCAACAGUGACGAGCUCAUUGCCCACGUCCAGAACGAUCACAUUGCCCCUAAGCGAGCACGUUAUACCUGUGAAUGGGGAGACUGCGCUCGCAAGGGCACCAAUCAUCCCAGUGGCUAUGCUCUCAAGGCUCACAUGCGAAGUCACACCAAGGAGAAGCCUUUCUUCUGCCACCUUCCAGAAUGCGACCGCUCCUUCACCCGAUCAGAUGCUCUCGCCAAACACAUGCGCACCGUUCACGAGCCUGAGCCGCCGCGCGCCGCUGCAACAAACGCCAAUCCCAUCGAUCCUGCCACCGGUCAGCCCAAGAAAGGUCCCAAGCUUCGUCUCUCGAUGAAUGCCAAAGCCUCGGCCAAGUCUGCUGCCCCAGACGUGCCAGUUCCUGCACCUACGCAAGCACCCGACGACCCGUCACCUCCCAUGGAUAACAUCCAAUACAUACCCGCACGCCAUCCUAUAACUGGUCAGGCAGGAUUCAUGAUCACCUAUCCUCCCGACAUACACUUCUCGCUCUUCGAAAGCGAGAUUCCAGCAAAUCAACUCAUGCGCUUGCUCAGGCGUCAACUCCACUGGGCUCUGAAAGAGAGCCAAGAACUGAAACAAGAAGUCGACGGGCUAGAAGAGCUGCGUCGCAAAGAAUGGGCAGCAAAGGAAGCUCUGUUGGAAGGUGUCUUGCAAGGCGAG